GCAGUGAGCUUUCUGGCCUUUAGCCCUUCAUCCUUGGUUAAGGAGAUGACCAAUCAGUACAGUAUUCUCUUCAAACAAGAGCAAGCCCAUGAUGAUGCCAUUUGGUCGGUUGCCUGGGGGACAAACAAGAAAGAAAAUUCUGAGACGGUGGUCACAGGCUCCCUGGAUGACCUGGUGAAGGUCUGGAAAUGGCGUGAUGAGAGGCUGGACCUACAGUGGAGUCUGGAGGGACAUCAACUGGGGGUGGUGUCUGUGGACAUCAGCCACACUCUGCCCAUUGCUGCAUCCAGUUCUCUUGAUGCUCACAUUCGUCUCUGGGACUUGGAAAAUGGCAAACAGAUAAAGUCUAUUGAUGCAGGACCUGUGGAUGCCUGGACUUUGGCCUUUUCUCCUGACUCCCAGUAUCUGGCCACAGGAACUCAUGUGGGGAAAGUGAAUAUUUUUGGUGUGGAAAGUGGUAAAAAGGAAUAUUCUUUGGACACAAGAGGAAAAUUCAUACUUAGUAUUGCAUAUAGUCCUGAUGGAAAAUAUCUGGCCAGUGGAGCCAUCGACGGAAUCAUUAAUAUUUUUGAUAUUGCAACUGGAAAACUUCUGCACACGCUGGAAGGCCAUGCUAUGCCCAUUCGUUCCUUGACCUUUUCUCCGGAUUCUCAGCUCCUUGUCACUGCUUCAGAUGAUGGCUACAUCAAAAUCUAUGAUGUACAACAUGCCAACUUGGCUGGCACGCUGAGUGGUCACGCGUCCUGGGUGCUGAAUGUUGCGUUUUGUCCUGAUGACACUCACUUUGUUUCCAGUUCAUCUGACAAAAGUGUAAAAGUUUGGGAUGUUGGAACGAGGACUUGUGUUCACACCUUCUUUGAUCACCAGGAUCAGGUCUGGGGAGUAAAAUACAAUGGAAAUGGUUCAAAAAUUGUGUCUGUUGGAGAUGACCAAGAAAUUCACAUCUAUGAUUGUCCAAUUUAAAUGUCCAACUUUUCCAGGCCAAUGCUGCAACGAAAAUGUACAGAUUGAUCAUGACAUUCCUUACCUUUUCAGGUUUAAAAGAAGUAAGAGCAUUUAUGGUAGCAAAGGCUUAUAUUUUGUAGAUAAUAUAAAUCUUUUAUUGGAACUGCUGUUCAUACUUUAAAGUGUUCUUAAUGCAAA